AUGCUGACCCCACUGGGGGCAAGGGCGCGGGUGGAGCUGGCGGGGGCGGUGGCGGUGGAGGUGGAGGCGGCGGAGGGAGUGGGGGUGGCGGUGGAGGUGGUGGCGGGGGUGGGGGUACUAGUGGCGGCAGUGGAGGCGGAGGCGGCGGAGGCGGCGGCGUUACUGGCGGGGGCGGCGGUGGUGGCGGAGGUGGAGGAGGUGGAGGUGGUGGAGGUGGUCGUAGUGGCGCUUCGCAGCGGAGCAGCACUGGGGGUGGUCAGCGCCAGCAGCAGCAGCAGCAGCAGCGUUCUCGCGACGUACUAG